UGGAAACAUCGGUUUUUAUUGCUAGCUUCUUCUACAGAUCCCACGUAGCUGUAGACGGACUUACUGGCUGAGAAGGAUACAAAUGGCGACUGAUCACCACGACUUAGACAGUUGUGACACUGCAGUGGAUGCCAACUUUGAUUACAUGUACAAGGUGUUAAUCGUGGGUAACUCUGGAUCUGGGAAGACUGCUUUUCUGGUGCGCUACUGUGAUGACUGCUUUUCCCCGAGUUUUGUGGCUACUGUUGGUAUUGAUUUCAAAGUCAAAUCUCUAUUCAGGCAAGACAAACGUAUCAAGCUUCAGAUAUGGGACACAGCGGGUCAGGAGCGCUAUAGAACAAUUACUACUGCUUAUUAUCGUGGAGCCAUGGGAUUCAUUCUACUGUUUGACCUCACCAACGAAGAGUCCUUCCUGGCUGUCAAAGGAUGGUCAUCCACUAUUAAGGACAUGUCGUGGGAGAAUGCUCAAGUCGUUCUAGUGGGGAACAAGUCUGAUCUGACUGAGAGCAGAGUGAUCACCAAGGAGCAAGGCAUGGAGCUGGCCCAGUCACUGGGCAUAGAGUACUUUGAGGCCAGUGCCAAAGAGGACAUCAAUGUGAAGCAAACAUUUGAGACUCUAGUUGACUUGAUAUCUGAGAAAAUGGCUGAAAGUAUUGAGAAGAAUCCAAAUUUUGUUCCCCGUGGUUCUCGACCAAGACAAGCAGAUACUAAAGAAGUACAGACCUCUGGGUGUGCUUGCUAGUGCGUUCACUAUAAUCAUUCAAUGGUUUUAUGGCUGGCAGUCAGUUAUUUUUUGAGUGUUAACUAUAAGUUUUGAUCACGACCAUGUCUUCACAUUUAUUUUCAGUCCCCAAAUUCAAUUGUGCAUAUAAAUUUUUUAGUCAUAAUGCUUUAAUAGAAAUGUUUUGCAAGCAUCAAACAUAA